CGGACACGCACUCGACGAGGCUACAAAGAGAGCUCGCGAGCACCGCCGACGCUCAUUUCCCUUCUCGCUCCGAUCCCGGCUUGGCUUACACAGUACAGCUCUCUCCUCCCGCAGCGCAGCCCAGUUCUCCAAGGAGAAAAAUAAAAUACUCAAUUCUCGAUUUUCGAUUGUAUCGAGAUUUUUAGUGCUAGAGAAGCACCUGUCGUCGGCUGAGGAUAUUACUAGCGAGUCGUGCGUGCCCCCCCGUACAACGUCUAGUCGCUAGCCAACUACCGAGAGAAGCAGCAGCAGCCACGUGUUGAACUUGCUCGACUCGAGUGCCUGUGCCAAAAAAUUCGUUGUAACACGCAUCAGCUGGACAGCGGUCUGUGUCCUCUGGCAGUGCACGUGUCGUCGCCAGCUUCUGAAUUCUUCUCACAUCGCUGCUGACCAGCAACACGACAGGACGUCUCUCACCCAUCAUCUGCGGAGCAAGUGUUGUAACAUAGACCUAUCCCUUACAAGAAAAAAAAUCAAAUAAAAUGGCAAACGGAGUCAACGGAGUACUGCCAGCUACCAAGAACCACAACGAUGAGUUCCACAACGGCGAGAACGAAGAUGGCCUGACGGCCAUGCAGCUCUUUUCCACGGGCGAAGGACUCACCUACAAUGACUUCAUCAUACUGCCUGGCUUCAUCGAUUUCACCGCCGACGAGGUCGACCUACAUUCGCCACUGACGAAGAAGAUCACCCUCAAGGCGCCGCUCGUCUCCUCGCCCAUGGACACCGUCACCGAGUCCGAUAUGGCCAUCGCCAUGGCUCUCUGCGGUGGUAUUGGCAUCAUCCAUCACAACUGCACCUCCGAGUACCAGGCCAACGAAGUACACAAGGUGAAAAAAUACAAACAUGGUUUUAUUCUCAACCCAGUGGUACUUUCUCCAAAUCACACAGUCGCAGAUGUGAUGAAUGUUAAGGCUACUCAUGGUUUUUGUGGAAUACCAAUUACAGCUAAUGGCAAACUUGGCGGCAAACUUCUAGGUAUGGUAACAUCAAGAGACAUUGACUUUUUGGAUGAAACUGCAACCCAACAAAAUGUCAAAUUAGAGAAUGUCAUGACACCAUUCAAAAAUUUAAUUACUGCUCCAUCUGGAGUUACUUUGCCAGAAGCUAAUGCUCUUUUGGAAAAAUCCAAAAAAGGAAAGUUGCCAAUUAUCAAUGACAAAGAUGAAUUGAUAGCAUUAAUGGCAAGAACUGAUUUGAAGAAAAAUCGCAGCUAUCCAAAUGCCAGUAAAGAUGAAAACAAGCAAUUGCUUGUCGGAGCUGCAAUUGGAACCCGACCUGCAGACAGGCUCAGACUCCAACACUUAGUAAACGCUGGUGUAGAUGUUGUAGUUUUAGAUUCAUCUCAAGGAAAUUCAAUUUACCAAAUAGAUAUGAUUAAGUUCAUUAAGUCAACUUACCCAGAUUUACAAGUCAUUGCUGGUAAUGUAGUAACUGUUAAUCAAGCAAAAAAUCUUAUUGCUGCUGGAGCUGAUGGUUUGAGAGUAGGAAUGGGCUCAGGAUCUAUUUGCAUUACUCAAGAAGUUAUGGCAGUAGGUAGGCCACAAGGAACAGCUGUUUAUAAAGUUUCAGCUUAUGCCAAAAAGCAUGGAGUUCCAAUUAUUGCUGAUGGUGGUAUUCAGUCUAUUGGGCAUAUUACCAAAGCUUUAAGUAUAGGUGCAAGUGCAGUAAUGAUGGGAUCUUUGCUUGCUGGAACUUCAGAAGCUCCGGGUGAGUACUUCUUCAGUGAUGGAGUGAGGCUAAAAAAAUACAGGGGUAUGGGCUCUAUUGAAGCUAUGGACAGAAAAGAUGCCAAUGGUUCAGCCAUGGACCGCUACUUCCACAAUGAAAUGGAUAAACUCAAAGUUGCCCAAGGAGUCAGUGGAUCUAUUGUAGAUAAAGGUACAGUUCUGAAAUUCUUGCCAUAUCUCCAGUGUGGAAUCAAGCAUGGCUGCCAAGACAUUGGAGCAAGAUCCCUUGCUGCUCUUAGAGAUAUGAUGUACAAUGGUGAAUUAAGAUUCGAAAAGAGAACAAAUUCUGCUCAACAAGAAGGCAAUGUUCAUGGGCUGUUCUCUUAUGAAAAAAGACUUUUCUAAGAUAACGCUACGUCUAUUGUAAAAACUCAUUAGCUGUUUAUAUAAUGCAUCAGUACUUGUAUUUUAUGAAAUGCCAAUGACCUCGGCCCGAAAAAAACUCAGCAGUAACUAGUUAUGCAAAAAUAAUCUGCGUCCGAAAUAUUUGUAACAUGCACUAAUUACAUCUGAGUUUAUCCGAUGCAUAAUAAUGGACUUUGUACCUGGUGCAUAGUUUCAUAACUGUAGUUUUUUUACGUUUGACUAAUUAUAUUUUGUGAAACGAGAAUGAAAUGUAACUUGAGUUAAGACAGGUUUUUUAUUUUUUCAAUUUUCGGUGUAGUAACGGAAUUUUGUGUAAAUGUGUACUUAUGUUUUUAUGGCCCUAUGACGUCUUCUGUAUCAAAAAAGUCUAAUUUGAGUUUUUAAAUUUAUAAUUGUUAUAUAAUAAAAAAUUAUUAAAAAUGUUUGUGUAACAUUGUU